AUGAAAUGGAGUGAGACUCAUGACCAGAUGUUAGUUAGAGAAUUGCUGGAAUUACCAUGGAAUUACAGGCGUUCAUCACCAGAAAGAGCAGAAGUUUGGCUUAAGAUAUCUGCAUCACUGAAUGCUUUAUCCACCCCAAUGUUCCGAGUUACUCAGAGGUCAGUUCGUGAUAGAUAUGCAUUGCUGGAGAAAAAAUACAAGAAAAAAAUUAGAGAAGAAACCCUAGCAAGUGGAAUAUCACCUGAAGAAAAUGAAAUUGAUCUUGCAAUGGAUGAGAUAGUUACCUUGUUCAACGAAGCUGAUAGAGAAAAUGAAAAGAUUGCAGCUGAUAAGAAGCGGAAGAUUGAGGAGGAAAAUUCUCAAGCAGCUGAGCUGAGACAACAGUCAAUGGAGAGUUUUGGUGAAACACGUAGUAGAGUUAACUCAAAUCCUGACCAACAAAAAGAACUGGGAGCUGGGCCAACAAAAAGAAAGAGAAGCACUGGAUCAGAUAUGGUUUCAUAUCUAAAUUGCAAAAGUGAAAGAGAAGCUGAACUGAGGAAAAAGGAGAUGGAAAUGCAACAAGCUGAGGCAGCAAAAGAACAUGAGUUACGAGAAAAAGACAUGAAAUUGAGGGAGGAAGCUAUGAAAUCAUCACAGCAACAAAAUAGUUUCAUGAUGAAUCAGCUACUGGAGCUACAAAGAGUCCAACAACAACAAUUUAUGUUGUUGAUGCAACAACAGAAAGAACAAAGUACAUGUAUUAUUUCCUUAUUGGACAAAAUAACACCAUCACAAAAGUAA